AUGGCAUCUUUUGUAACGGGACUAUGGGAAAGUGUCUUUCAGCCAGGUACAUCACCUCAAUUAAUUUUAGCUACGCACCUUUCUUUCACGGCAUUAUUAAUUACUUUAGCAUGGUUGAUUUUUGUUACACAUGGUAAUAUUCAUUUUAUUAUGUUAUUUAUUAUUGCUACAUUAUUAUGGAUUACCGUUAUAUGGUUUAUUAAUGAAUUAAAAUCUGCACAAUUAUUAUCAAAUCAACAAUUAGAAAUAAAUGAAGAAAAUGAAAAUAAAAAUGAAAAUAAAGAAUCAAUUAAGGAGGAUAAAGCAUCUACAACAGCAACUGAAAAGAAAAGUAGUACUACAAAAUCCAGAAAAGCUUGA